GAGUCUGAAAGACAGUUUAUUCUUUGUUUAGUAACUUUUGUUUAAAUAAAUUUAUUAGAAUCUUAAGUUUUUUAAACAGAUUAUCGAUUCUUUCUUUUAAAAAACUGUUUCUCUACGUUUAUAGAAAUGGGUUGAAUUUGUAAAGUGAAGUAUUCCUAUUUCGGGGCCUUUGCCUUUAUUCAAGAUACAACUUGAUGAUGGGUCUUUCUUUUGCACAUAACUGAGGAUAAUCACGAACUGCUGAACGUGAGAUUGUUGAUUAUGUUGUGAUUGCCCUAAAAGAGGAAACUUCAUAGACACUCAAUAAGUAGUUAUCCCUUUGGUGAACUUGAAAGUAAUCCGUGAGGACAGCGCAGACAGCUAUCCGCGGGGGCAAUGUCGAUACGGACUGCUCCACAGCGCUGCUCGCGUAUGUGGUGAACAAUGCGAUGACUUCUUCCGAAUCAUCCUCAUCCCGUUCACCAUCCCCCUCGCCUAUUCCGUCACCUGCAUCAGCAGCUGCAUCGGGGAGCUCCAUUGUCAUAUCGGAGGAGGGCAUAGGCGACGGACAUGUCGAUCACGAGUUCCUGGCGCUCUUCAAAGAAGCCAUUGGCAAGAUUAAAGGCCAGAAACAACGGCCCAGUUUCGACCGUCUCUGCCAGGCACUCAAACAUGUCCGGAAGGGGACCAGAUCUGGCUUCGUCCAACAGCAGCUGCAGUAUGCCAUCCGGGAUGGACACAUGUUCAUGGUGUACAGUAACGGUAAAGAGUCCUACAAAGAUACGGAGAAUCUCCGUAAGCUGCGUAAAUUCACGGUUAAGAGCGAUUCUGAAGUGCGUCGAGCGGUGAAGUUUGCCAUCAGGGAAGUGGGAGAUGCUCCAAAUGAAGCUGGUAUCACGGAGGAACUCAUUACACGAUACAUCGAGUGCACGUUCAAAGUUGAGAAUCCCGAGGGUCUUCCAGCUGCUGUCACCAAAGCUAUCAACCAUCUUCUAGCCAAAAGUGAUCUGGAGAAGAAAAAUAACCGUUAUAUUCUCGCAAAGGAGUUGGUAGAUGAGAAAGAAAAGAACGCUCGAGCACGAUCCAGUAUGAACUCUGAUGAUGCAUCUGUUAGCGAGGUCGUAGUAACGAAGAAGAAGAAGAAAAAGAAAAAGAUGGAUGUCCACGACGGAUCCCCGUCAAUUAAUUCGGAAGAUAUCCUGCUCCCCUCAACAUCCAAGGUAAAACCAGUGGAGAAAAAGAAGGAAAAGAAAGAAAAGAAAUCCAAAAUACAGCCGAACUCCACUGAGAAGGUUCGCGAUAAAACACCGGAAAGACGACUUUCCACUUCGAAGUCUCCCGAGAAAAAAUCCUCUUCCAAGGCUGGUUCAGCUGUUCAGGAAAUGAAAACCCCGAUCAAGGAUGAACCAGUCGACGCACGCAGUGCAACCCCGAAGAAGAAUGUUUCCGAUGACAAAUGGAGUAAGAAAAGUUCCACUGAGAAGAGCGAAAAGGAUAAACAGACGUCGAUAUCACCAUCGCCAAAGUUACGGUUUGGAUCGGAUGAAAGAACGCCUAAACUUGUGGCUUUGCUGGAAGAUCGACGUUCAGCAGUUCGCUCUCCGGAUGUUCUACUGAGAAGUCCUAUAAGGAAGCGGAGUAUUUCCGAUGAAAAAGCCAAAGACCUGAGUUUGCAGCGUGAAUUCAGAGAAAUGGAAAAGAUAGAGAAAACAAUGGGCCCGCCAUCGACCAUUAAUUCAAACAGCAGAACAAAGAAGAGCUUCCAGAAGGCGACGAAGUUGAACGAGCUCAUUCGGCAGAAGCCGCUUAACCUGAGUAUGGACCGCGACGAGCCUAUGCCCUCAACAUCGAGUGGAAUGGGGGUGCAGAAAACGGAAGAGGAAGCGAAGAAGGUGGAUGAUCCACCAAAGAAAAAACGCGGACGACCAUUUAAGAAAAAACCACUAGAGGAGCCGCGCAAGAAAAGCGGAAGCCGAUCAUCAAGCCGGGCCAUUAAAUCCAGUGAUGAAGAAGUUCCCGACGGUAUUCUGGAUCCCGGUUUCGAAGAGUCCAUUCCCAAAGAACUACGCGACGGUUUGACGAAAUAUUUCACUCCGAGUCUCAAGCGGAAAUCACGCGUGGCCAUCAAUACCCUUCUAAGCAGUACUGCGGGUACGACCACACCCAAGGCACGAUCCCGCAGUUCGAAAAAGACAACGGACAGCGAAACAACCGAAGACGAUGCACGCAGACCACCGGCACUCAGUAAGAAAACCGCCACUACGAGCCGACCAAAAGAGAAAAAAAUUGUGAAAGUGGAAGAAUCGUCAGAUUGGGAGAGUGAAGAGCCGGUGGAAAAGCCGCGUCGUGCCUCAUCUUCAUCUGCCGCUCAGAUGAAACCGGAGAAGAAGCGGGGCAAAAAAUGCGGUAGCACACAACUGAAGAGUCUUCAGGAUGGGUUAACGAAAUUCUUCACGGUAACGGGUGAUCGGAAGCGCCGUCCGCCGCCUAGUUACGUGGGGCCGGUGUAUCGACGUCGACGGGAAGCGGUUGAUAGUAAGGGUGCAUCGGAAAGAAGCCACUCGGAUAGUAGUAAAGGUCCGCCAAGCAAGCCACGUUCGAAGCAGCGUUCUGAAGAUGUCAUUUCGCCGACUGGAUCUACUACAUCCAAGUUUAAAGUGCCAGACGUGAUUCCCACCAAUUUGGAAGAACUCUUUCGAAAAGCUCGGGAUCGGGCUUUAAAAAAGAUUCCUACGGUUGCUGAGGGCUACGAUGGACCGUUGCCACCGCGAAUUCAGCUGGGUGAUAAGAAAAUCAAGACAUGGUAUACUUCUCCGUUUCCGGAAGAAUAUAUCCGAUGUAAAUGUCUGUACAUGUGCGAAUUUUGUUUGCAAUACAUGAAAACCUUGGGAGUGCUGAAAAGCCACUAUGAGAAAUGUCCCUGGCAUCGACCGCCGGGUGCGGAGAUUUAUCAUGAUACGGUGGAUGUCAGCAGCACGGAAACGGCCCAGGAAUUGGUUAUCUACGAAACAGAUGGCAAUGAUUGGAAAGAAUACUGUCAGAAUAUUUGCCUGUUGGCGAAAUUGUACUUGGACCAUAAGACAUUGUACUAUGAUGUCGAACCGUUCCUGUUUUAUGUCUUGUGUCGUCGAGAUAAAUUGGGAGACCAUCUUAUUGGCUAUUUUUCCAAGGAAAAAAACAGUCCCCAACGUUACAACGUCAGCUGUAUUAUGGUGCUUCCACCCUUUCAAGGCGAUGGUUAUGGACGUUUUCUAAUUGAUUUCAGUUAUUUAUUGUCGCGGGUGGAAGCGCAGCACGGUACACCUGAAAAGCCUUUGUCAGAAAUGGGACAGUGGAGUUAUAAUGCUUAUUGGCGGAGUGCUGUGUUGGAUUUCUUUCUGGAACAGCGCAAUAAAUCGUCAGCGACAACCUCUAUUAAAGCCAUUUGCGACGCAACGGGCAUGUGGCCGCAGGAUGUAGCCGAUACGCUGCAAGGCUUGAAUUUUAUCACAAAGAACGAAGAUACGCUAGCAUGGGAGUUUAAUUUAGUACAAGACGUCCUGGAUUCGUAUCAGGAGAAGAAAACAGGUGGCAAAAAGCGUAUUCCACUGCAUGCCGAUAAGUUGCGUUGGGAUCCCUGGAAAGGGGACGUGCCUGGCGUGACAACCACGGAAAGCGAUCAUAGUGGCAGUCAUCACGCUGACCAGCUAGUGGAUACCGGCGAUGAUCAAAAGGCGGAUAAACGUACCAGUGCGUCGUCGGAGUCGGAGGAAACUGACCAGGCGAAACAUACAUCGCCACCUCCACAUUCAAAACAAAAAAGCAAGAGUAAAACACCCCCAAAACCGGCGCAGCGCAGUCGUACUCCCCGUGCCGGACGGCAGCAGAGUUCCCACAAAAGCUCCAGCCGGGAACGCUCACCCCGACCCACACCCAGUCCUCCGCCGAGUGCACUCAGUCCCACACGGCGUAAAUCUAGCGCGGCUUCCACUUAUCCACGCCGGCGAGGUCGUACGCGGGAUGUCUUUGGGGGACGGCGGAGGAAACGGCGCGGAAAAUUCAGAUCUAGACCAACAUCAUCCACUGCAACAUCUAGCCAGCCAAAAAACUAUAAAGGGAGGAGGGAGGAGUUGAGGGCUGGCAGUGAUAAGCGGCGCAAACAACACCACGGGCGUCCGGCUGAUCACGAUGAUUCAGGAGAGGAGUCGGAUAUAUCCAGCUGUUAUACCGGCGCUCACUUUCGUCGUUCCAGCAUGUCGAGCGAGUCAUCUGCUGAUGAAUCUCUGGCUAGUGAACCUACUCGUACAUUCUCGAGGGGCUCCAAGCAGUUUGUCCAUAAAGAUACCGGUCACGAAUCGUCAUCCUCCGCUUCGGAGGUAUCAUCAUCCCGUUCACUAUCGCAUCUCGAUCAACCGCCCCGGGCCCCCCAUCCCCCGGAGCCGGUCGACACCAUGGACCAGGGCAUCUCCACCGAUAGCCCCCCGUUGGCGAUUGAACCACCAACCCGGCAUCAUCCGCUGUCGGCUUCGGCAGCGUCGGCGGCGCCCCAGCACCGUGUCGCCGAGAUCUGCAUCCAGACGGAACCCGUGGAGCUGACUCCGAUGCCGGCGCCUGUCCUGUCGGUGCCGGUGGAGACUGUCCCGGAGACGCCAAGCCAUCUCCAUCCAGAAUAUUCCCGGGUGGCGGAGAUCCAGUCGGAGGCCUUAAACAGCCAGGUGAUGGGGCAUAUGCCGACGGGAGACAUGCCACAAGCGUCACAAACCGUGGCCAUGGGACAGAGUAUGCCACUCAGUCCCUCUAUGCAUUUGCAGCAGCCGCAUACACCGUACCGUCAUCAACAAGCCAGUCCAAUGGUCGGAUCCAUACCGUCUGUUAACAAGCCGGCCAGUGUGCUGAGUAUGCACGACCAGAUGCAAGAUACCGAAAUGAUCAUGAGUCAACCGCAAUAUGAGCCCCCAUACGACCAGUACGCCACUCCCCAGCACACGCCGGGCUUGUCGGCCACUUCCCCACAGGGCUUCCAGCAUCAGCACCAGCAGGCCUCCCCGGUGGCCGCCCAGCCACCGGCCUCCUACGUCUCCACCUACCAGGAAUCCCCGCGCUCCCAGCAGCCGCCCACCCCCUAUCAUGAUAUCCUGCGGCCGCCCCACACCCCCACCACCCCGGUGGCCGCCGCCGCGGCGUCCGUGUACAUGAAUCCAUCGCCGCGGCCCACCGUGGCCUUCACGGAGAACGUCAGCAGUCCGCAUGCACCGCCGCGCAUGCUGCAGACACCGAUGCCGUACCAGGACCCGUACGGCACACCGGUCGCGUCGGUUGUGGGAUUUGAGCAGCAAACACGCGCUGUACACGGGAGUGGACAUGGGCGGGUGCAGCAACAGGCGUAUCCGGAUUGCGCACAGGCGCAGGAAUCGUUCCCUGUGUAUAAUCAGAAGGUCAUGCAGCAGCAGCAGCAACAACAGCCGCCGAUGCAGCACCAUAUGCAUUCACAACAGCAGCAGCAGCAACAACAACAACAACGCCAGCAAACCACGCACCAUCAGCCGUCGCGGAAAACAAAGCAACGAGCCAAUGAACAACCCGCUCCUUCAACGAAUUAUCCUCAGGUCAACCAUCAGCAAGUGCCUCAGUCGCCCAUCAUGUUCCACCCCUCGUCGUCAGUAUACGGGCAUCCGGCGUCCGGCAUGAUGAUGCCGUUUCCCGGCAUGCAAGACCAGUAUUCCGGUUACAGUAUGGGCAUGCAGCCGCCGGCCGAUACGCCCAGCAUCGCCAAGCUGGCCCAGCUGACCCAUGGCUUGUCCGCCGCCCAGCAUCCCCACAUGGGCAUCCACUCGUACAAUGUCGGGGCGGCUGCCAUGGCGGCGGGAUCCAAUCAGCGUGGUCAGAGCAGUCAGGCGUCGCGCCAGUCACAGCAUCCCCAACACCAGAUGCCGGCACCGGCUGGGCCCAUGCAGAUGCCCGGCGCCCCUGCCAUGCAGUAUCAUUCGUAUCUGCAGAAGACCAUGCAGACCUAUCCGGGCCAGCAGCCAGUUAUGACGGCAUCGUAUCCGCAGUCGUUCUUCCAUGGACAAGGCGUGCCCAUGCCCGGUCAAGUGCAGAUGCCGCCCGGCCAAUACCGACCGGUGGGUCCCAACCAAGCCCAGUCCAUGUAUCCGGGUUAUGCCUAUUAUGCUCCUGGUGCCCAGCAUCCCCACGCCCCUAUGCGGCAGUGACGUAGUCAGCAGCGUGUUGUCACUGGUUUUCAAUCGUUUGUUACCUCUGUUUGUAUGUUAUUCUCACUUUUCCAUACCGGUCUUGUUUGUUUUUAGCCUUUUAAACCCUAAUGUAUAUUAUGUAUUAAUUUUUGGGUCGUUUGACCCUUUUUCCCCUUUACCGCUUGCCGUUUAUUGACGGAUCAUUUGUUUGCGGUUAUUUAAUUAUAGUAUCAGUUUUACAUUUAUGUAAACGUUGGUAAGUUUUGAUCGUUUGCCAGUUGUCUCCAUCGUUAACCGAUUUAAAUUGUGCCGUUAUGUAAAUAAAAAUAAUACGUUGUUA